CUUCCUUACCACCGAUCUUGCUUGUCGGUCAAGCAUCAUCUAUUCGCCAUAAUGUCGGUCACAAAGGCAUCUACGUCAUCAAAUCCUCCACCACCUCCAAAUACGGCAUUAUAUGUGAAAAAUAUCGAUUCAAAAAUAAAAAAGAAUGAAGUAAAGAAACAAUUAUAUGCACUUUGUAUAACGUAUGGUCGGAUACUAGACAUAGUCACAACAAGGGCAGAUGGAAUGCGUGGUCAGGCAUUCGUUGUUUUUGAAGAUCUAGCAAGCUCAACAGCAGCUUUGCGUGCGUUGGAUGGAUUCAACUUUUAUGGGAAACCAUUGAUGAUCGAUUACGCAAAGUCAAAAUCGAAAGCAACAAUCGUUGCGGAAAAAGGACCUGAAGCUUUGUUCGAUCCUAGCUUGCAUCUCACACAAACUGCAGCAAGGAAGGAAAAGGUUACACUGUCUUCUGCUGGUGCGGACUUGCAAGGAAGAGAACGCAAACGUGCGAGGGAAGAAGCUGGUCAGCGUGGUGAAGUAGUUCAGGAGGAAGAGGAAAAUUCUGAAUCAGACACAAGGUCUUCCGAUGACGAACAGCCGGAGACGAAACGAAGAAAGUCUGAAGCAGGCUCGAAAGUGGCUGACGGCAAAGAAGGGAGUGAUGAUGAUGCCGGUUCAAUGCAAAUGGCCGAAUCGGAUGGAGAGUGAUGUUCGUGCUCUCAAUGAUACCCUGUAACAGUAAUGAUUAAUGUGUAUGAAUAGUGAAUUAUUGCAUAAAAUACAUGUAUUGUAGUGAAAGCCUUGAUUAGUCUUCUUCGUCUAGAUCGAGUUCGUCAUCUAAUUCCAAUUCAUCUUCAACGUCGUCGUCGUCAUCCUCCUCAUCAUCUUCAUCAUCUAGAUCAAUUUCCCCA